AUGGGAUCGAAGAAGCAGACCAAACUUGCGAAAAGCGAGGCUCCUAAGCUUUCUACGAAAGCAAAACAAGCCGAAUUGAGUACGAGUGGUAGCUCUAGUUCCAGCUCCAGCUCCAGCUCCAGUUCCAGUUCCAGUUCCAGCUCCAGCUCCAGCUCCAGUUCCAGUUCCAGCUCCAGCUCCAGUUCCAGUGAGCUAAGCACUUCUUCGGACGAAGAGGAAGAUACUAAAAAACGUUCGAAGAAAGCCAAGUCCCAGAAGGUGGUGAAGAAACAAAAGAGGAAAGCAUCUCAAAGUUCAGGUUCGAGUUCUUCUAGUUCAUCCGAAAGCUCCUCUAGCUCGUCCGAAGAUUCUUCCAGCUCCUCCAGCUCAUCAAGCUCCUCCAGCUCAUCAAGCUCAUCAAGCUCGUCCAGCUCGUCCAGCUCAUCAAGCUCAUCAAGCUCAUCAAGCUCGUCUAGUGGAUCUGAAUCGUCAUCCAGUGAAUCUGAACAGGAAGAAGACGCUAAAAAUGUCGAGAAGACGUCAACGAAGCCUAAGAGCGACCCUUCCAGUGGUUCUGACAGCUCCUCUGGCUCAUCAUCUGACGAAUCCACCAGCGAAUCAUCGGGUAGUUCCAGCUCUUCCGAUUCUUCAAGCUCCUCAGACAGUAGUUCGUCGAGCGAAUCUAGCUCUUCUGAUAGUGGAUCAGCUUCUUCCGAUGACUCCAGCGGCUCCAGCGACUCCAGCGACUCCAGCGACUCCAGCGACUCCAGCGACUCCAGCGACUCCAGCGACUCUAGCGACUCCAGCGACUCCAGCGACUCCAGCGACUCCAGCGACUCCAGCGACUCUAGCGAUUCCAGUGAUUCCAGUGAUUCCAGUGAUUCCGGCUCCUCUGGAUCUGGCAAAGAAAGUGCUAACGUAAAGCCUAGUGCGAAAGUAGUUACUUCUAGUUCUUCUGAGCAGUCCUACUCUUCCAAAACUGCUUCUCCAGAAGUGCCAUCUGUACCCCAGAAGGAACAUAUAUCCGCUGGCGAAGACCUUCUUCAACCCGGCCAACGCAAACACUUUUCCAGAAUUAACAGAUCAACAAUCUCAUUCGAAAAUCAUGCCCUCACGGACAACACUUAUAAAGGUGCUGCUGGUACUUGGGGCGAACUGGCCAAUGAUAAGCUUGGGAGAGUGAGAGGAAAGGACUUCACCAAAAAUAAAAAUAAAAUGAAAAGAGGUUCUUACAGAGGGGGAAGUAUUAACAUGGGUACAGGCUCCUAUAAGUUCACCGAUUAA